AACAAGAAUAGUGCACAUAUGUAAAAUAACCUGUUACGUACCACUUACCAGUCUUGGUACAACAGCCGUAGAGUCAAGUUCAUUAUGAAUUUAUUCACGUUUUUGUAUACAUUCUCACUGGCCUGGGUUUUUGUUUACUGCGAAUGCCCGCACAUAAUAACGAAGGAUGAAUGGGACGGUCUCCCGCCGACCCGGGUGAAGUACCUCAUCCGACCGGUGGAGCUGGUGAUCAUCCAGCACGCGGUCUCCCCGACCUGCAUGACCGAUAUCCGCUGUGAGGAGGUGGUCCGCAGCAUGCAAAACUGGCACAUGGAGCAGCUGGAGUACCCGGACUUGGCUGUCUCGUUCGUGGUGGGCGGCAACGGCAACAUCUACGAGGGCGGCGGCUGGCUGCGCGCCGGCAACCACACGCCCGGCUACGACGACCGCUCCAUCGCCAUAUCCUUCAUGGGAAACUUCAACGUUGACGAGCCAACACCGGAGUCUCUGACGGCAACGCAGGCGCUGAUCGAGUGUGGUGUGGAGCUGGGCCACCUGUCUCCGGAUUACAAGCUGGUGGGCCACAAGCAGCUCUUCGCCACCGGCAGCCCCGGCAAAAAGCUCUUCAAGGAAGUCAAGACCUGGCCCCACUGGACCCAGGACGUGUCUGCCAUCAAAAACCCUAAAUAGAUCCGAAUGAAAUUCAAUAAUAAAUCCAAUACAUAUCAA